AUGAACGGAUCUGAAGGUGCCUAAUCCCUCAUGCAUUCCCAGAGUACUGUUGACCAGCCAUCUGAUAAACUAGGAGAAGGCGUCUAUCAAAAAGAAAGCAAAAGCAAAAGGAACGUCAUAGAUUAAACUGAGAUGAUACUCUAAAACCAAAAAACUAAGUUGAAGCGAAAUAAAAUUUGCAUCAAUAAAAAAGUCAGAAAAACCUGGACUGCCUAAGAGGACUAAUAGCUACAGCGUUCUAUUUAAUAAUAUGGGUCGAAUUGGGUUCAAAUUGCCGCAUCAAUGGUUAAUCGAAAUCCAUCUUAAUGCACUCAGAGAUGGAAACGAAUCAAACCCUAAGCUUUAAGAAAGAGAAAGCCCUUCUCUGUAGAGGAAGAUCAACUUAUAUUGUAAUUGGUGACUAAGUACCGACAAAAUUGGGGGAAAAUUGCCCAAAUGUUCCCCGAAAGAACCAACAAAUAAAUUAGAGAGAGAUAUAUUAAUAAACUUAAUCCACUAAAUAAGUAAGAGCCAUUCACUGAAGAAGAAGAUCAGAUUAUCUUAAAGGCUUAUCAAGAAAUCGGAUCAAAGUGGACUAAAAUCUAAGACCUUUUGGUUGGUAGGCCUGUAAGUAUAUUCGCUGAUUAUUAGGAAAACAUGAUUAAGAAUCGUUUUUACUCCUACCUCAGAUAAAGAUUUUUGAACAUUAAAAACCCUUACUAUUCAAUUCCGUCCAAAACCGAGAAUUUAAGCAUCAAUCAAAAUUUAAAAGUGGAAAAAGAUGAAAAACAACUGAAAGAGCCUUAAGUCCAGCCAAUAAAAAAGGAACAUAAUAACCAGAGAAAUACUGAUAUUCAAGAAAUGUCAACUUAAUUACCACUUCUCUAGUCUGAUCCAUAUAGUUAAAUUCCACAACCUCUAUUUCUUGGAAACUUCUCUUACCCAUAAUAUUACCUCUAUUAGCCUGGAGCCAUAGUUUACACACAGUGCUUACAAGUACCCUAUACUGGAUUUCAAAAUAAGAUUUAUUUGGUUCAACAAGAUACUAAUUAAUUGAUGCAUUGGUCAAACACUUGA